CUGUUGAUUACUGUCCAUACUGUUGAUUACUGUCCCUACUGUUGAUUACUGUCCCUACUGUUGAUUACUGUCCAUACUGUUGAUUACUGUCCCUACUGCUUUGUCAUUCCCUUUCUUCAGUCUCUGUUUGUCUUGGUCACUAGUGUGAUAAAUAUAAGUAUUUUGUGAAUGAGUUUGGAAGGGUUGUAUAUAGGGAGCCAAGAAAAGAGACAAAUUCGUUUUUGUUUUUUAUUGAGGGUUUUUGAGCAAGGCAAAACCACACGUUCAUCCCCCUCUUUUUCAGAGGUCUACCCCACAAAACAGUCAGAUUUAAUUUUAACAUUGCUUUGACACCCCACUCUGUCAGUCGGCGCCUGCCUGCCCGCUACAUUAACUUCCAAGGCAUGUUCUUCUACGCUAGAUUAAAAAGAGUGAAAUGGGAAAAAAGCUGUCUGAAUGAGAACAACUAGCCUAAUGGAAUUUAAAGCUAAUCUAAAUAUGCUAAUCUUCACACGCUUCAUAAACAUAGCUGAUAGUACUCUCUCUCCCUCCCUCCCAUUUCUGUUUCUCGCUCUCUGUCUCAGUAGUUGUGCAGAGUGGAAUGCCAUAGCCACAGGGGGUCUGGUAGUAAUGACAGGCUCGUGGUGGAUUAAUGUGGAGUUAUUUAUUCCCCCCACCUCCAACCCCUCAUUAAUAACCAUGCCUGGUCUCUGUGACUCCUGGCGGACUUUGGGACCAGCAGUCUGAGACAUUCUAUUAGUUCUAUUAGCACCCGCCACCUUUCCACGCCAAUGUGCCCAGACCACUGCCAACAGGCCUCGCACUGAAUUCUGGGCAGUUGUUUGCCCCCUUUUUUACCUGGCCCUCUCAGCUAAUUACUCUGCUGCCUGCAUUCUGCCGGUAAUUGGGCUUAGUUUGAGCCCGGACGUCUUUUUUUUUUAUUCCCCUGUUUUUUUAUUGUUCUCCAAAAAGCCAUCCAAUUAAUAUGCUAAUGAAAUGAUACAUAUUUAUGGAUUUUAAAUUAUGCAGAAAGCUUUCAGAGCCCGGUGUGAAAUGAAUUGCUCACAGGACUUCAAAGCCUUGAAUCGCUAACGAGGUAGGGCCUGAUUUGCAUACAGCUUUAAUCAGCUGAAUACUGAUUAUACUCCAUUAUAGAAUGGGGUGGGUGGAGGGAGAGAGAGGAGCCAGCUGCACUAGUUGUUUCUGUUUUCUUCCAGAGAGGGAGAGAGAACUUUUUCAGUAGUUGCCACAAUCCUGGCACGCAUCGGAGAGAGGGAGGGAAAAGGAGGGAGACUGUUGAGAAGAAAGGAGAGGUUGAGAAAGAUCGAUUGAGAGUGAGGGAGAGCUGUUAGUCUAAAACCCGUUGGUUUCAGUGGAGUGCUGAGGCUGUGUCUCAGUGUUGUUCAGUGGAGUGCUGAGGCUGUGUCUCAGUGUUGUUCAGUGGAGUGCUGAGGCUGUGUCUCAGUGUUGUUCAGUGGAGUGCUGAGGCUGUGUCUCAGUGUUGUUCAGUGGAGUGCUGAGGCUGUGUCUCAGUGUUGUUCAGUGGAGUGCUGAGGCUGUGUCUCAGUGUUGUUCAGUGGAGUGCUGAGGCUGUGUCUCAGUGUUGUUCAGUGGAGCGUUCAGUCUGUCUGUGUCUUGUGUGUGUAGCUGUAGUUUGACUGGACUCUGCACUGACCAGUGGAUAGUGAAGAGAGGGAGUAGGGAGAGGAGGGGCAGUGUGCUGUCCGGCGGAACCAAGCCUAUCUGCCGCCGCCAGCUUAUGCAAGCAUGCUGGAAAAUACAGGUUCAACAGAAGUGGAUUCUAGAAUGAGUAAUCCAUCAGAAACUAGUAAAUGUGCUAUGGAGAGUCAGAGUGGGGACGGAAACACAGGAGUCCAAACGAAUGGACUGGACUUUCAGAGGCAGACGGUGCAGGCCACAAACGCAAUCACCAAUGCACACGCACAAGCUCUGCUCCAACAGUCCAAGUCUGAAGACUCGGGUGCAAUUCCGACCUCCGUCCAGCAGGGGGUGCUGCCUCAGGCCCAGCUCAUGCUGGCUGGGGGACAGAUAGCUGGAUUGACCCUGUCUCCAGUGCAGCAGCAGAUGUUUUUGCAGCAGGCCCAGGCCCAGCUCUUGGCAGCAGCCAUGCAGCAGCAAUCAGCCAGCCAGCAGAGCAGCACCACGGGGGCCAGCAUCUCUGCCUCCGCAGCCACCCCCAUCACACAGCUGCCCCUGUCCCAGCCCGUCCAGAUCACCUCUAUUCCCUCUGUCUCUACUCAUCUCCCAGGCCAGCUAAGCCAGCUGGGAUACCCGUAUGAGAUGGCGACCUUCAGCAGUUACCUACCUCAGUUACAGCAGCUGCAGCAGCAGAACCUAACCAUGCCCCAGUUUGUCCUGGUUCAACCUGGCCACCACAUCGCCACCCAGCUGCAACCUGGCCAAUUCAUCAUCUCACAGACGCCGCAGGGCCAGCAGAAUAUGUACACAGCGCAGAGUUUCCUGCAAGCCCAGAAUCUUCUAACUCAACUACCUCAAAGCCAAGCCAACCUCCUGCAGACUCAGCCAAGCAUUAACCUUGCCUCACAGCCAGCGACUCCGUCCCACACGAUAGCAGCCACGCCCAUCCAGACCCUGUCCCACAGUCAGCAGACCCCGCCCAAACGCCUGGACACACCCAGUCUGGAGGAGCCCAGCGACCUGGAGGAGCUGGAACAGUUCGCUAAGACUUUCAAACAGAGACGCAUCAAACUGGGCUUCACACAGGGGGAUGUUGGCCUGGCAAUGGGCAAGCUGUAUGGUAACGACUUCAGCCAGACCACCAUCUCCCGCUUUGAGGCCUUGAACCUCAGCUUUAAGAACAUGUGCAAGCUGAAGCCACUUCUGGAGAAGUGGCUCAACGAUGCAGUUUGUGCAGAGAAUCUGUCGUCUGACCUGGCCCUGUCCAGCCCUUGCGGCCUGGGCUCCCCCGGUCUGGGCAUGGAGGGGCUCAACCGCCGACGCAAGAAGAGGACCAGCAUCGAGACCAACAUCCGCGUGGCCUUAGAAAAGAGCUUUCUGGAGCAGAACCAAAAACCUACCUCUGAGGAGAUCACCAUAAUUGCUGACCAGCUCAACAUGGAGAAGGAGGUGAUCCGGGUGUGGUUCUGUAACCGUCGGCAAAAAGAGAAGCGGAUCAACCCCCCCAGCAGCGGACACAGCAUCACAGGGACAGGCAGCACCCCCAUCAAAACCAUCUUCACCCCCACUAGCCCCUUGGUGGCCAGUACGGCGAGCCUUGUGACCAGUAACACACCAACCACACUCACUUUAAACCCAGUGAUGCCUCUCACCAGCACCAGCGUCUCCGGCCUGACCUUGACAGGCACGACGAUCGGAGCGACCACAAACACGGCAUCUGUCAUCUCUACGGCACCCAUGGUUACCGCGGUGACCAGCUCCACCUCGCUAAGCCCCUCCCCCAUGGCCCUCCAGGCCACGGCGGCGGAGACGGGUGGAACCCAGGAGCACACGGUGGUCACGCAGGCGCCAUCGUCCCUAGCAACCAAUCUGGGGACAGGUCAGGUGAUGGUGGCUGGACCGGGGCUGUCAGCGGCCCUGCAAGGCGCUGCCCAGUUACCCACCAGUUCUAGUUACGCCGCCAUGGCUGGGCUUAACCCAGGAUUGAUGGCAUCCUCGCAGUUCACUCCUGGGGGGGCCUUGCUGAGCUUAGCUCCGGGUGGGCUUGGAGGGGCUAUAAACCCCGCCAUGUUGAGCAACAGCACCCUGGCCACCAUCCAAGGUCUAUGGAGCGCUCUGGCAUCGGGUGGCACUCUCCCCAUCACCUCGCUGGACGGGAGUGGUAACCUGCUGUUCGCUAACACCUCGGCUGGCAGCACUCCCAACCUGGUGCAACCCCUUUUCCUGAACCCCCAGAACCUGUCCCUGCUCACCAGCAACCCCGUCAGCCUGGUGUCGGCCGGAGCCGCCGGGGGAGGGGCCCUGCAGGUCACAGCCAACCACCAGGUCACCACGGCGACCGUCCCAGUGCCCGCCUCCACCAUCACCACUGCCUCCAAGGCCCAGUGAAGCUGAAGGCUCAAAUCGCCUCGAAUGACACCCUAUGCUCUAUUUAGUGCACUACUUUUGGUUAAAUGUUGCGUACGAUAUGGAUGGCUUUGGCCAUAGUAAGACACUACAUGGGGAAUAGGGCUGUUGUUUAAGAUUUGCCCUUAGGCUACUUGCUCAAUCCACUUCUUCAUCCUCUCCCUCCUUGUCCUUCUGCCUGUCAUCUAUCAUUAUUUAAUAAUUUUGCUGCCACCAAAAAGAAACCCUCUGGGAAGAGGGUUGGAAUUUAUAUUUUACGUUUUUAUUUCAUUCUUCAUUCUCUCUUUUCCCUUGUACUCCAAAAACGAUGUGCGUCUCCCUGGAUGUUUUUGUCGGUGUACGCAGCGGGUCACACAGGAGCACUGGGGCGGCCAUUUUCUGAGACAGGAUCAUCUUGAACUCUAUGGUCUGUGCUCCUUGUGACCCCUGAGGGACCACCUAGCUUUCCCUCUUUCCUGUCUGUCACCUUUUUCAAAAGUAUAUAUCUUCCUCUUCCCUGUUCAGAACAUCUUCUGAAAUACUUCUAACCAAAAAUUAGAUUGAACUUUUUUGACGUUUUUUUCUUCUAACAAAAAUGAUUUACUACUAAAGUUCACAAUCUACAUCAUCACUAAAAGGGGAGGUUUGCGUGUUUCCCUGUCUAUAGUUUGAAUUUAUUUUGUGUCAGGCUCUGUUGGACAGGCCUCAGCACAAAUCAUAACAAAGUUAUAUUUUAGAGGCGCUUAGUUUGUUUUCUUUUGUUUUAGUGUGUGUGAGUGGACAUUUUCAGAACUUUGUACUUCUAACAUUAAUUUAAGCUUUAACUCCGAUAUACAGGACCAGUCAAAAGUUUGGACACACCUACUCAUUCAAGGGUUUUUCUUUAUUUCUACUAUUUUCUACAUUGUAGAAUAAUAGUGAAGACAUCAGAACUAUGAAAUAACACACAUGGAAUCAUGUAGUAACCAAAAACGUGUUAAAACAAAUCAAAAUACAUUUUAUAUUUUAUAUUCUUCAAAGUAGCCACCCUUUGCAUCAAAUCCGGCCGUGAUUGGGAGUCCCAUAGGGUGGCGCACAAUUGGCCCAGCGUCGUCCGGGUUUGGCCGGGGUAGGCCGUCAUUGUAAAUAAGAAUUUGUUCUUAACUGACUUGCCUAGUUAAAUAAAGGUUAAAUAUUUUUUUUUAAAUUGCCUUGAUGACAGCUUUACACACGGUUGGCAUUCUCUCAACCAGCUUCACCUGGAAUGCUUUUCCAACAGUCUUGAAGGAGUUCCCACAUAUGCUGAGUACUUGUUAGCUGCUUUUCCUUCACUCUGCGGUCCAACUCAUCCCAAACCAUCUCAAUUGGGUUAAGGUCGGGUGACUGUGGGGGCCAGGUCAUCUGAUGCAGCACUCCAUCACUCUCCUUCUUGGUCAAAUAGCCCUUACACAGCUUGGAGGUGUGUUUGGGGCCAUUGUCUUGUUGAAAAACAAAUGAUAGUCCCACUAAGCGCAAACCAGAUGGGAUGACGUAUCGCUGCAGAAUGCUGUUGUAGCCAUGCUUGUUAAGUGUGCUUUGAAUUCUAAAUAAAUCACUGACAGUGUCACCAGCAAAGCACCCCCACAACAUCACACCUCCUCCAUGCUUCACGGUGGUAACCACCAAUGCGAAAAUCAUCCGUUCACCUACUCUGCGUCUCACAAAGACACGGUGGUUGGAAACCAAAAUCUCAAAUGUGGACUCAUCUGACCAAAGGACAGAUUUCCACUGUUCUAAUGUCCAUUGCUCGUGUUUCUUGGCCCAAGCAAGUCUCUUCUUUGUAUUGGUGUCCUUUAGUAGUGGUUUCUAAUGCAACAGUUCGACUAUGAAGGCCUGAUUCACACAGUCUCCUCUGAACAGUUGAUGUUGAUAUGUGUCUGUUACUUGAACUCUAUGAAGCAUUUAUUUGGGCUGCAAUCUGAGGUGCAGUUAAUUGCUGAUUUCUGAGGCUGGUAACUCUAAUGAACUUAUCCUCUGCAGUAGAGGUAACUCUGGGUCUUCCUUUCCUGUGGCGGUCUUCAUGAGAGCCAGUUUCAUCAAAGUGCUUUAUGGUUUUUGCGACUGCACUUGAGAAACUUUCAAAGUUCUUGAAAUGUUCCGCAUUGACUGACCUUCGUGUCUUAAAGUAAUGAUGGGCUGUCGUUUCUCUAUGCUUAUUUGAGCAGUUCUUGCCAUAAUAUGGACUUGGUCUUUUACCAAAUAGGUCUAUCUUCUGUAUACCACCCCUACCUUGUCACAACACAACUGAUAAGAAGGAAAGAAAUUCCACAAAUUAACUUUUAACAAGGCACACCUGUUAAUUGAAAUGCAUUCCAGGUGACUACAUCAUGAUACUGGUUGAGAGAAUGCCAAGAGUGUGCAAAGCUGUCAUCAAGGCAAAGGGUGGCUACUUUGAAGAAUCUCAAAUAUAAAAUACAUUUUGAUUUGUUUAAUACUUUUUUGGUUACUACAUGAUUCCAUAUGUUAUUUCAUAGUUUUGAUGUCUUCACUAUUAUUCUACAAUGUAGAAAAUAGUAGAAAAUGAAGAAACCCCUGGAAUGAGUAGGUGUGUCCAAAGUUUGACUGGUACUGUAAAUCAAUUUCUAAUCGUGGUUAUAAGGCUUUAAAACCGAGUAAUAAUAAAUGGCCGAUAUAACGGUUAUCGUUGCUUUAAGGAGCGGGGUUGACCAUUUGUUCUCUCUCCGGUCCUCUGUCUGGUAACACUGAGUUUGUUUAUAUAAAAAAUAUAUUUUGCCUGCCACAAUUUUGUAAAUCGUAGUCUAGGUGCGGACCGUAGACACUGAUAUGAAAUUACUGAAAUGAUAACGCUUAGAGCUUUAACUGGUUUGGGGGCAGGGGGUUAGCUGUAUGAUCCAUGGAGUUCUAUGCCUGAGUGUUCUCUGACUGCUAUGUCGGUUGGUGUCUAUGGUUUUCAUGCCAACUGGAUGGAGUUGGUGUGAGGUAGAUGGGGUCGUUGUCUGUUUUUGCUCUGAUAGAUUUUUUAAUGCCGCUUUAUUUACUUGUGCACAGUAUCUGUACCAAAAAAAACUGGAUUUAUGAACUGCAGUCUGCCUGUUUUAGAGAAGUUAAACAUUAUGUACCAACAUUCUGUCCUUUAUUUCUGCUGUCUUUUGACUGGCUUACUUCAAGUUGUACCAAAAAUAUUUGUUGCUGUGUAUUGUCAGUGUAGCUUAGCCUAGUCCAAUAUUUGAGUACAAGCUCUCCAUCUAGACAACAGGAGAUAAAAAUGCAAUAUUUUGAUGAUCACUUUCCAAAGACAAACUUAUUUUGUAAUUUGACUAAGGCUCUCCCUGCUCAGCUUUAAAGUGGCAGCGCAAAUAUCCAAAUAGAAAGGGAUGGGAAGAAGGGAGGUCAGGGGUAUUGUCCCCCUGUAUAAAGUUAAUAUAUUUGAGUGGUGUUUAGGUUUGAAUGGUAGUGGUUAUAUGAUAUCAGUUGGUGCUUGCCCUCAAUACUCUUUCCUGUUUCUCUACGUUUCCCCCAAUGAUGAUAUGGCGGACUGUGUUGUGAUCCUUUCUAGACUGGCUUAUCUGCUUUGGCAGCAGUUUGGGCUGUAGUCAGGCAUUCAGUAGUCGGGUAGGGGCUGUCCGUUUUAGUUUUUCUACCAAUCCUCAGCCAUGAAAUAAAAAGCUUGAACCAAAGUUGUUUUCUCACUAGCUGCUGUGCCUGUGUGCUCGCGCAAGUUGCUGUUCACACGAUCACUAUCCUACACAUUACUACUGACAAGUUUUCUUCUCUUAUACCCGCCUAUUUGAAUCCUUUUGGCAUCCCCCACCUCUAACCCACUUCUAAGGAACAAGGACCUGCACUUUUUCUUCUAGCUUUCUAACCACAUCCUGUUAGCAGCUCUCAGGUCAUGUGGUUGAAGCCCUCUCUCCUUCCUCUCAUCGCCCAACUAACUUUACUAUGGGGGCUCAUCCACUGUCAGCACCAGUAAAGAUGUUUCGGACCUGCCAAGAUCCCUGACCUGUACCCAAGCAACAUAGCCCCUGUGCCGCCCUUAUCGAGCUGCCCCUUUCGUAAACAACAACCCCACACAACAGUAGUGUUCUUCUAUCGGCCCUAACGUAACCAGAUUAAUGACUGCAUAGUUUGAAAACGCAGAGACAUCUCUCUACGCUAAUACAUUUUUAUGUGCUCCUUUUCUAAUCGUGAAUUACUUUGACUGAAUAGCUCAGCAUCACUUAAACAUUAGGUUCACUUUAAGAAAUCUCACACCCGUAGAAUAUUGUAGAAUGUACAAGUCAGUGGAGGCUGGUGGGAGGAGCUAUAGGAGGAUGGGUUCAUUGUAAUGUCUGGAAUGGAAUCAAUGGAACGGUAUCAAACAUAUAUUAAAAAAAAUAUGGAAACGGCGUGUUUGACUCCAUUCCAUCGAAUCCAUUCCAGCCAUUACAAUGAGGCCGUCCCCCUAUAGCUCCUCCCACCAGCCUCCACUGGUACAAGUACUGAAUGGCUUUGCCAUUUAAAAAUAAACUAAAGAGUAAUUGUUGUCUAAAACUAGGACAAACUACUACUGCUAUUUUCUAGUACUACUACUUAUGGGGUAUUUCCAGGUUUGAACAGUUUGACAUUAUUUUGUGAUCCUUGCCAAAGCAAAGCGAAAGCCUUUCUCUCUGCGGCUGGGUUGAUGUCUCGAUGCUGCUCACUUCACUGGUUUUCUGUUCUUGAGGUCAUGGCAAGCCGAAUGGGACUUGUAGUCCUAUUUGUAGUGCUGUUUGUAGUCACAAACCAGUUGUGAAGCUUGGUGAAGCAUUGGCCAUCGGCACCAUGGGAAGUUACUGAAAUAUUUAUCUGAGGAACGACUAAAGGAUUAGAGAUAAAUAUAUAUAUAAAUAUAUAUACAACUUGUGUAAGAUAUUCAUAUUUUAUAUUUGAACUAGUAUGUUAUCAAGACUGAAUGUAAUGUUUUGUCAUGCUUAUAGAAAAAAAACUUUAAAAAAAACAUAUUUUUAUUAAUGUCAAGACCAAAAACUUUGACCGCACCCCCUUGGUGCGUGAUUUGCGGACACCUGUUCCCAUUACAUGUGUGGGUGUGGUCUCUUGAGUGAGAGAGGCUUGCUGUGGUGCUUCAAUCGGACAGUCCCUGCUUGUGCAGUUGCUAGGGGAACAAAUAGACUGAUGCGCCUGAUCUUAAUCUUUCAUCAUCUUUUUUGUCUGGUUGUUUGGUUUACUAUGGAUUUGAUUUGAUGUGCUGUUUUUAACAAUCAUUUGAAUGUUUUUUUUAUUACUUAUGCCUUUAAUUGUUUUGUAUAUCAUGAGAGGGCAAGAUCACUGUCUUUCUAGGUUUGACAAAAGAUUAACAUUGACAUUUAUGCCUUAUUGUUAUUUAGAAGACAAGCAUUGUAGCAUAUUGUUGUUUGUGUGACAGUGUAUGAGAGUAAUCUAGUGAGAGAGGCUACCUCCUCGCUAGCUUUUGUGUUUAGCUAGCUCACUCAGUGCAUAGUUCUUUGCGGAAAAUCUGCAGUGUAUUUUAGGCAUAAUUUGUUCUGGCCGGUUAUGUUGCUACCUAUGAUUUUAGGGGUGACUCAUACAGGUCGGGAAUACCUAUAGAAAAGCUUUACUAAUAACUGAACUCCAGCAGGUGUGUGUGUGUGAUUGAGAGAAGGGAGUGCUGACUGCAGACCAUGAUGCUGCGUUUGUUUUCAGUUUACAGAUAAAGAUAAGAUUAUGAUAAAAGCAUUCAAGGGAAGAAGGGGAUGAUAAUAUUGAAUAGGUGUUUCCUCUGAGUAUAAGACUUGUGAAGUUGUGGAUCUGGAUCUCUCUUUGGUUCGUCUGAUGCUCUAGAAGUGGAUCUGUGUUGAUGCAUGUGGUCUACCCCCCACUGUGGUGUGAGGUGGGUGUAAAGGGAAAGUGCAGAACGGCACCAGUAAGUCUGGGGUAACUAGGUGGGUUAAGGGAGCUGUUGUAUACCUCAUUUUUAACUCGAGACUAAGUGAAACUUGCUUUAAUCUACUUUAGAAAUAAAAAUGUAAAGCUGAAUAUAAAAAAUAUAAAAAAACAUCAAGGUUCUGUCAGAGAAGCCUACAGGUGUCAGUUUUUAGUGUACAGUGUCAGUUGCAGCCACCAGGGGGAGACACGCACCAGUACCAGAAUGUCUGCUUAUUUUUUUUAUAAUAUUUUUUUACAAGAGCAUCACCAUCAGUCUCCCUAAACACACUGGCCUCUCAGACCUCAACCUCCAAUUGUCUCAUAAGGCUGAAAGUAUUAUACACAUUUUUCUUUGGUUUUACCUCUGAAAUAUUUACCAUUAGUAUGUACUUGAUUUACCCCUCCAUUCUGUUUUCUAUGAUUUGACAAUCCUGCCCUAUUUUAUUCUAAUUUAGAUUCUGAAUGUAGAUGUUGGUGUGUGUGUGUGUGUCUGUUCACCUGGUGGCACUCUGUCUCGCUGUGCUCUCUUUCUUUCCUGUGGGAACGUUAACCAAAGACUUCUAAAGUGAUUGUAUAUGGACUACACCAUCUCUCACCCCUCUCUGCUUCACUAUCCCAUGAGACACACAUUCAGCUGUGCACACCUGUAAAGUCAAUACACCUGUAUGGCAGAGCUGUGUGUGCACCGUGGACACAACUGGUACCUGUAGCAGUGCCUGUGGAUGGGGAUAUGUUGAGUGUGGAGGGGCAAAGUGGGCUUCUCUGAUGGACAGGUCAAUUAACCAAUCCCGUGGUGGCUGGGUGAUGUUUGUUAAUACACACUGAGGGUUGAUUCUGUGCACACUGUUUAUGCUCAGGACUCACUGUCUCUCUGUCUGUCUGUCUGUCUGUCUGAAGAACUGAAGAACUGUUGCUAGGACACACAUGUUCAAAGACUGUCACGAAAAUACACUGUUUCUGCCUCUUGGGUACAGUGCGUCUGUUUGGCUCCAAGUCAGUGCAUUGUAGUUGCCAGGACACAUUGUCUCUAGGAUACACAUUCUCUGGUUCUAGGGUACUGUUUCUGUCUCAUCACUGUUUUCUUUCUUACAUUCCCUCCCUCAUUUCUUACUAUGUUUCUCGAUUUUCUCUGUUCAGCUUUGACACUAUGCAUCAUGGUCCUUCACUCUGCAUGGCCUGUGUCCGAUUGGCUAAACCCUUUGGCCAAUGGGGUCCCAGGGAAGCUUUGUUUGAUGCUUUAUUCCAAGUGGGGAGUUGUAGGAUCUCACAAGCAUUAUCCCAAUGCAAAAAUAUCCAAAUAUUUAAUGUUUUACAAACGCAGAUACCAAAGAUAACUCUCUGUCCUGUCACUCACUCUCUCUCUCCCUUCCUCUCACCCUGCAGCUUGUGUAUUAAGAGACAACCCCAGCACUGGCUUUAGUUCUAGCCUCAGUAAUUCCAAAGCAUAGAUGUAUAUUUUGGUAUAUUUCUGAGAAACCUAAAUGAAAAACUUCUUGUUUGUUUGGUGUAUCGCUCUUCUCUGUCACAGCAUGGAACUAAUUGCAGAACUGUCUUACACUUGGUAGGUUAAAGAUAUAGUAUUUUUGUAUGUUUUGGGUGUCAAAUUAUGUGUGUGAUCAUAUCAGUCAACACGGCCCAAGUGACCAUGGUUUAAAAAAAUAUAUAUAAAAAACAAAAAAAGGUAAACCUGUACAUAUUACUUGUUUGUGGAUUUUUGAGAAAUGCAUUCUGUAGAAUCAUUAAUAAUUAUUCCUCUGUAAACUAAGCUUGGGCUAAACUAAAGGAAUGUGUCCACUGUAUCUUCCCAGACUGUAGUCUUUCCUCUGAAUAAUCCCUGUCUGUCACUCUAGAACUCUGGGAGCCACGCUGUCGUUGUGACGCGCGGUUCUACCGUUCCAGUUUGGACUAGAACACUGCUCACUGUUGCCACAUGGACACAUGCCUCAGAUCCGACUACGAAACGCCCCCCUCCAGUCAUGGCGGGUGGCGGCAUAUAGAACUGAAAGAUUGUGUAGAACAUUUUAAAGUAUGUGAAUCAGGACACAUGGUAGAUUUGAUGCAUUUGUCUGCUGUAUUUUAUUUGUUUAUAUAUCUAUAUAUAUAAACAAUAUUUUACUGUAACUGUACAGUUCUCUUUAGUUGUAAACAUCAUUAAACCAUUUUCCAAGUGUUUUAACAUUGGAA